CGAAAUAAUAUCGCUACAACAGCCACUCCGUCUUUUCGAUGCGCGAUCCCUCUCUCGACUACGACGGCUACGGCUGCCGCACUGCCCAUACCUCCGCCCAUCCCUCGUCGAUAUCGCUCCCGCUGCCCUUCCAGGCAGACCAGCCUCACUCGCAGCAGGCCCUGCUAUCCCUGUCGCUCGUCCGCAACUGCCCAUCCGACUCCCUCUCGCCUCUCACACACUCCACGCUGUCGUCGCAGAGGGAUGAUGACGACGGGCCCGGAGCAAGGAUGACGGAGGAGGCGCGGCAGAGGCAGAAAGACGUGCUGCGGCAGCUGUUCAGGAAGACAAAGGUGAGAGGGGGGAGGGAGGGAGGGAGGGAGGGAGGGUAAAGGGGGGCUCUGUCUCGUUUUGAUGUGCCAGUGGUGGUCUCACAAUUAUCCGUUACAAAAAGGUUGACGUGUGUGUGUGUGUGCGUGUGUGUGUAGAUGUGUCCGUGGCUGCACACGGGCAAGUGCACGCGUCAGGACCGGUGCAACUUCGCCCACACGCUGGACGAGCUCCGCCCGCGGCCUUCAAACACUGACGUGAGCGAUCUCACCUCACCUCUCCUCACCUCACCACGGCAUUAAUUGUCGACUGCUGCACGUCACUGUUUGACUUAAGUACUUGAUCGCUGUCUAUACCGUCGUGUGUUGUGUGCCUUUCUUUGUGUGUUUGGUGAGCAGGAUUUCGGGUUUGACCCUCGUUACUGGAAGAAGCCCAAGAAGAAGAAGGACAAAGUGCGACCUCACUACCUCAUCACUGGUAUCAAUCACAUCACACGCGAAGACACAGACCCACAGAGAACGUUCCCUGUAUCUCAUCUAUCUAUCUUUGCGUGUUCCAUGUGCCGUAUGUGUGUAUCAGGGUCGAGUCACGGUCACUCCCUGUGUGGACCCUCCCCGUCUCUGUGCGUCUCCCUCGACCACCCCCCGCCCUACGACUCCAUCGGCUUCCCCACCACACUCACCCACCCUGACGCCAACCCCUCCUACGACAACGUCCCACCCCACAUCCCUCCAAUAACCUACACCUCCCCCCCCUACAGCACCCACUCCCCCACACCCACCAUGCACCCCACAGACAACGCAGCCGCCCACCACAACCCCCACACGGCGACAACGGACAGGGCGGCCAUCAUCCCCUCCGUCGACCCACACCCACACACGCACCCACUGCCCCUGCUGCAGAUGGCCACAUGGCCAUGGAGCAGCCCCCUUAGCGAGCAGCCCCCGAUGAGCCCGACGGACCUGCAGACGCCCACUUUGCCGCCCAGCUAUGGGGUGGUGGACGAGGCGCAUGAGCAGGAGCACAAUGACCGUGAGGAGCCUGAGGAGCACGUGGGGGAGCUGCAGCGGCUCAUCAAGAACUGGGGCUGCAUAGUGGGCUGACGGACGGACGGACGGAGGGAGGGAAGGACGGGCAACGGCCCCGUCUGUCUGUCUGUCUGCCUGUCUGUCUGCGAGUGUUGCUUUUUCUUUCUUCAUACUUCCUCCCUCCCUCCCUCUGUUUUGUUCCUUCUUUUCAUAUGCUGGUGGGUAGCUGGCUGGCUGCAUCUCGUCAGUCACAUUCCUCCAUCCAUCCAUCCAUCCAUCCUUUCUUCUCCCAAGCUGCCUGCCACUGACUGCAUCGCACCACCCUUGCGUACCCUACCGUACCCACUCGCUGCCACGCACAGCAAUGCAUAGCAUAGCAUAGCAUAGCAUACACUCACUCAGUCACGCACUGACAAAUUCCGCCCAUCUGUCCACCCCACCCGACCCGUCUGCUGUGCGCCCCCGCGCCCUUUCUGUCUGUCUGUCUGUCUGUCUGUGUAGGCAGGUAGCGUAGCGUAGCGUAGCCUAGCCUAGCCUAGCCUGCGUCCGUCUGGGUAAACGGAUAGAUAGAUAGAUCCUGUGUGUAUGGCCAAGUGUUUAGUGUAUUUGUGCGGAUCCAUAACAUACAUACACUCACCCAGUCAGUCAGCCACCCACCGACCCACCGACCGACCUACACAAUCGAAGUCCUAAUUGGGUCUUCCCUUGCUCCUUUCUCUCUUCCUCUCUGUCUCUUCUUCCAUCUAGAUGAGAUACGUGACAGCCAGGGGGCGGGCGGGUCGUUGAGCGGCAGACAGAGGCACAGAGGAGAGAGCGGCCGGAGGGAGACAGAGAGACUGAGAGAUGGAUGGGUGUGAGAGAGGCAUGCACUGCGUGAAACGGCUGUGUGUGGGGGAUGUCCUCGCGUCAAUGGGUGUGUGUGUGUGUAUGUGGGUGUGGGUGUGGGUGUGCUUGUUGUUGUUGUUGUGUGAUGUAUCUAUCCCUCCUCGUGUGUGAUGUCAUGCGCCUGCUGUGGCGUGUACGUGUGUGCUAAAGACGGUAAGAGAUGUACUGAGUGAGUGAGUGAGCGCAGGGGUUGUCAUUUGCCUGCGUGCCGAUCUUCUUACGCGCGCACACACACACACACACACACACGAGCUCAAUGGCUCUCAUGCUCUUUCCCAUGGAUGGAUCGAUGUCGCCAUGUUAGCUAUCAUGAUGGAUGCCUAUCGAUUUUUCCUUUGCCGCGCUUGCCCGAUGUCUAUCAUAUCGCAUCGUCUUGUCUGUCUCUCUGCAGAUGUAUGUCUGUCUGUCUGUCUCGUGUUUUGUUUGUCCAUCCUAGUGUGGCCGCAUCAUUGGUUGGUUGGUCUCUCUCUCUCUCUCUCUGUCUGAUUUUGUGUGAGUGCGCUAGUUCGUUCCCCUGUUGGUCCGUCAUGCCUGUCUGUCAUUGGUCGGCUGUGCGUGGCUCUUGGAUGGAUGGAUGGAUGAAUGGAUGGACGCCUUGUGGGUAGGUGUGUUGGGUAUUGGCUUGUGGAGGGAGAGUGGCGUCACAUCCAGACAGUCAGACUGAGAAUGACGCUCACCAAGGCCAAUGCAUGCCCCCUCUUGGUCGUCAGUCAUAUCAUGAAAAUAACACAGCUGCUUUUCCUACCGUCACGUCACCUAGUUCCUGGUCCGUGGAUGCGUGUGUGCAGGUGUGUGUGUGUGCGUGUGUGUGUGUGCGUGUGUGUGUGUGUACCUUACACAUGCAGGCGUACGCACAUACCUACUUGCCCAUGCAUACCAGGCAGGCAGGCACUCAAACAGGCAGCCAGGCACCAAGCUUUUGUCCGCUCGUCGUCUGUACGCUUCUCACGCUAUCUUCGUUCGUCUGCCCGUUUGGCGGUGCACUCAUUGGUGUCUGUGUGUCUGUGUGGGGGGAUGUUGUCCAUGUCUACGUGUGUGUGCCCUUCGUUGUGUGCUGUGUCAUGUGUACAGACAGGUACAUAUGUGUGUGUGUGUGUGUGAGAUAUAGAUGACGAUUGCUUGCCUGUGUCCGUUCCGUAGCGUAUCUGCCUGUGUGCUACACACGUGUAUGCGUGCCACGUUGGGGCGCUAGGUCGUUGGUUGCUGCUCCACAAUCGCAUCCACUUCGUGCUGAGCGGGUUAAGCGUACACCUACACACCUGCACACAAUGGAAUACAUGCUUCCUUCGGCGGAAAAGCGUUGAUGUGUGUUGAGACACGACAGGCAGGCAGGCAGGCGGCGAGACACACACGCCGCCCGGCUGGUAUGUAGGUCUUUUUCGCACUGACGACCGCACUACCACAAUGAUGGACAUGAUGCUGCAAGGCCUAGGGUGCUUGCUGCCUGUGCUGGUGUUUGUAUCACUAUAUCUACGCUAGCUACCCUACGCUACGCUUCGCUCCGUAAGUACGUAAGUAACGCUGCUGCUGGUGAAGGCGGCUUUUUUCCACUACAGUAUGCAGCCAACUAAGGCAGCAUGUCGAUCGUUUUGGCUUUUGUGUCCUGCUGGCUGGCUGGCUGGCUGCCGGGUUGCCUUGCCGGGCUGACUGCAUUCCAUGAGGCGAGGCGCAGGAAGGUACAUACAUACAUACGUACGUACGUACAUCCAUGGACAGAUAGAGGAUCGGUGUACGGUACGAGUACCUGUGGGUGUGGUGUUUCAUCGAUCGGCCGGUGGAUGGAUGGAUGGAUGGCCUUUUCCGCUUGUCUACAGGUGCGUUUGUAUCGCUCUCCAUCUGCACGUGCGUGUGCCAUCCACACGUACAGCGCCAUGCCACUCAUUCCAUCGAUCGGCUUCUGCGUACAUACGCAUAUAUGCAUACGUACACACAUACGUACAUAUUCUUCUUACGUACUUUCAUAGACGUGGUCGUUUAAGUCAGGUCGGGUUGCUUGCUUGCUGAGACUCGGUCAGCUGUGGCGGGGCGGGGCGGGGCGGGGGGAUGGGUCCAUUGGUCACUCAUCCAGUCAUUGGUGCUUUGGUGCUGCUGCGAUGCUGCAUACAUACAUACACACAUACACACAUACACACAUACACACAUACACACAUACACACAUACACACAUACACACAUACACACAUACAUACAUACGUACACACAUACAUGCAUAGCUGCUUUCAUAUGAUGCCUCGAUCGAUGCCUUUGACGCUUGCGUACUUACCUUUGUGUAAUUCGUUCGCACACUCAUUCGUUCAUAGGGCCGAGGGACACACUGGGGGCGGAGGGGAGGCUCAGCUGGUCUUUAUGAAGCGUGUGUCUGCGCGUGUGUAUGUGUGUAUGUGUGUAUGUGUGUAUGUCGUAUUGCGUAUUUGUUUUCUAAGGCACUUUUUCUAAGGAAAGGAAUGUCUGUGUGCAUCUAUUUGUGCUGCGGUUGGCGGGCGGCGGGCAAACGGCUGGCUGGCUAUAUAUGCGAGUGCGACUGAGGGAGGGGAGGCACGAUGGGUGGAUGUGUGUGUGGAUGCAUGUGUGUUGUGUGUAUGUGGCACCGUGCGUAGCGUACGCCCAGCUCGUCUCAUCAUUGAUUGCACUGCAUAGAGAGAGCGAAAGGUACGCAAAGCUGAUACGCAUGUAUGUGUGCCUGUGCCUGCGCCUAUGGGUGGCAUUUGCGGUUGUUAAGUUUUCACUCACUUUUUGCACGGUUCGCUUCAUGAUGCGUUACAUACAUGUCUCUGCAGUGCACACACACACGGAUACAGACACAAACAAUAUAUUAUUACACACAUGCAUGGCUGGCACCGGGCAGCCUCUUUGCUGGCUGCUGCCGGAAAACGAUAGCAAACGGGCUGGAGAGGGCGGGAGAGGGAGGAACAAUUCGUUGUCUUUAGCACUGACUAUAUUGAGACGGACUGUUUUAUCGGCUGCCACAGCUGGUUGGUUGCUUGGUUGGGAGGCUAGACGGCUGGCUGGCUGGCCGUCCACUCUCGCAUCAGUCGGAUUUUUGACAUGUUUGUUUGUGUGCAGUGAGUGCAUUUGUGUGCCGUGUGUUGGUUGGCGGUUGGGGUGUGGGUGUGUUGGUCGGCCGUUGACAGCUGGCUGGUUUUUGGAUUUGCACUGCUGAUCGAUCGAUGGCUAGAUGGAUGAUUGGUCUGUCUAAUGCAUGUGUGUGUGUGUGUGUGUGUACAGAGGGGCCAGGGUGUGAGAGUGACUGCGUAUGCGGCGACACGUUCAUGCACGCCACUCUGUGAGACGACGAGACGAGCAAGUAACCAACCC